AUGCGCCGCCACCUCGCCGCCCUCCUCGCGCCACCUCGCCGCCACCUCGCCGCCCUCCUCGCGCCACCUCGCCGCCCUCCUGCCCCGACGCGCCGCCACCUCGCCGCCCUCCCUGCGCCACCUCGCCGUGCCCUCCUCGCCACCCCCGCCUCGCCGCCGCGCCUCCCGGCCCCCCCCUCCUCCCGCGCGCUCGCGUCGGACCCGCGCCCCGGUCCCGACGCGCAGCUCCCGGCCGGCCACCUCUGCCCGUCGCGCCGCCGCCGCGCUGGGGCCCCGCGUGGUGGGCUCCCUCCUCCCGGACGCCUCCUCCUGCGCUCGCCUGCAGGCCCCCGACGCGCCGAGCUCCCGCCUCGCUGCCCCGCGCAAGGCCCCUCCGCCGGCUCGCCGGCACAAGGUAGUCAUACUCAUUGUUGUGUGCUACUGGUCAGAUGCUAA